GAUACGAAAAACAGUGAUGUGGCUUUGCGAGAAAGUAGUUGUCAAAGUAUGACAAAAUGUGUAGUUUUAAGUCAAUAUAUUUUGUUAUAUUUAUAUUAAAUCUAUAUAAAACGCACGCCGAAAUAUCGGACAAGAGGUUAUGCGUGGAUCAGGAAUGCAAUGAACCCGUGUCUCUCGCAAAAACUCUUCUGCGAUAUUCCAGUCCUGACCCUAGAAUACUAUCGUUUGCCCCCAACACAGAAAUAACAAUUUACAGCAAAGAAGCUGGGUCCGAAACGAAUUUAUGGGGUGCCGUAAUUAAAGGAAAAAGGGGCUAUGUACCCAAACACUUAGUUAGGGAAUAUAAAGUGUAUAAAAAACCAACUCUAUUAGUAGAUACGGAACUAAACCAAAAACCGCAAGUGCCUGAGGAUGGUAGUAAGAAGAAUAUCGAUCCUGAUAAUGUUAAACAACCAUAUGAGAUUGUAGAUGGUACCACUAUUUAUUUAAACCCUCAAGAUAGUAUUACUCCAAGUAGUACAGAGAACCCAGUCCUGUCAACUUCUUUGCCUCCAAUUAAUAAUGUAGAUAACCAGUCUGCCCCAGGCAAUUCAAAAGAAAAAGACAUUAGUAAAGAAACCAACAUCCAAAAAUCAGUUCUUGAAUCAGUUUCAUCAUCUUUUUCCAAAUGGAUCAAUGACGAUACAGAUUCCAAGGAAGUCGAGGCAGAAGAUGAGGAUGAUGAUGAUGAAGAAGGGGAUGAAGAUGAAGAUGAUGAUGAAGAAGAGAGUUCAGAGGAUGAUCUUCAAAAAACUGAAAAUAAAUUGCCAGAAGAAAUCCAAAACGUGGCACAAGAUGUAAACUCGUUACACAAUUUACCACCCGGAAUCAAAAUUUCUCCUUACAGCCUUGAAUUAGAACAGCCACUGGAUAGUACUAAUGAUGUAAACAAAGAAGAUAAAGAACAAAAACCGCUCCAGGAAUCGAGUAAUUCUGAACCUAUUUCAGCACCAACGAAUAAUGGAGAAAGUCUUGAAGCAACAAAUGAAUCAACAGAAAAACAAUCAGCUGAAACAGUGAAGUCUGAGAAAAUUGAAGAAACUAAAUCAAGUGAAUCUGAAAAGAAUGAAGAAUUUAAUAAAGAAACACAAGGUACAAUUGAUAUAAAGUCUGGAGAUAUAGAAUCAACAGUUGUAAAUGUUCCUGAAGAUACAAAACCGAUUGAAUAUGAAAAAAAUGAAGAAUUAAAUAGAGAGGCAAAUAUAAAAUCUGAGAGUUCAGCUGAGUCAGUUACAGAACCUUCCAUAGGUAUAGAGUCAGUUACAGAACCUUCUGCAGGCGUAGAAGAAGAGCAGCUGCCUUUUCUUGAUGUAACGACCCCAGACCCUUUGGAAAUAAAAGAACAAGGAGAUACAAAAACUGAACAAGUUAUUGAUGUGCCAUCUUCGCAAGAUAUACAAGAAAAUAAAAACAUAGAAGUUGAUUCCUCUGUUACAAAUGAGAAUGUUUCAGAACUCCCAGAAGCUACUGCUUCAGUUACAUUAGAUUCACACUCUGAUACAGAGAUUCAAAAACUAACAGCUGACGAAGGAGAAAAUUCUCCGGAUAACACACAAAAUGAUUUAGGUGGAGAUAAACAAACCGAAAAUAAAGAAGAAAUAUCUGAUGAAACAGUAAAAAACAUCGACUCAAACUACAACCAAAAUGAUUUUAAUGAUGUGUCUACUGAAAAUACCGAAGAACAGCAAAAUAAUGUUGCAAAUGAAGUACCCGAUCAUGAAGAAAAAAUUGGUAAUACCAUAGAAGAUCAAAAUCUUGAUAGCACAUCUACAGAAAAUGUUGAUACUUCCAAAGAAAUUGUUGAACCAGUUGUGGGUAAUAAAGAAGAAAUAUUCAUUGAUAAUGAAAUGAAUGACCAGGAACAAAUUGAAGAAAUUAAUAAUGAUGUUAAGGAGGAACUUCAAAGUAGUGAGACUGAAAAUAUCGUUGAAACUUCCCCAGAAGAGCCAGUUGAAAUGCCUCCAGAAGAAAAACAUGAAAUCCCUCCGGAAGAGUCAAACCAAUUGUCUGAAGAAGGUGGAGGAAUCUGGUCAGGGCUGUUUUCAUUUUUCGGAGGGAGUGACAGUACGAAUAUUGAAACUAAGGAAGAAGAAAAUGGAUGUGCAUCUCAAUAUUCCGAAAACCCCUUUAUUUCUGAAGACCAUUGUGAUGCCAGCUCAGAAUCGUGUAAUGUAAGCAAACAAGAAGCAGUGCUAAGUAAAAGUGGAUUUUUCGACAACAUUGAAUUGAAGUUUAACUCGGAUUUCUUCCUCUUACUCAUUACCACCGCAGGAUCAGUUAUUAUAUUCCUAUUUGUGUAUAUGGCUCUCGACAGACACAAGAGAGAAGCACCACUAGUUGCGAGAGUAAAUAAACUCGAAAAAGAACUGCUUAUCACGUUAAAAGAAAAUGAAUUGCUUCAAGAGAAAGGUACCUCGGCAGUGCAAGAAGUAGAAAGUGUACCGAAUGAAGUUGUCGAACAACUUACUCAAAGAUUAGCAGAAGCUCAGCUUACCCAACAAGCUCUACAGGAAAAAGUUACAGACCUAGAGGUGCAGCUUGAAGACAAGGCUGCACUUGAGGACCAAAUAGAGGGUCUGGAGAAAGAACUGGAAACUAGUACUGAAGUUGGCAUGGAAUUGAACAGGAUCAUAUCCGAGAUGUUGGACCCUACCAACGGUAGCGAUAGGCUUAGGGAGAAUGUGGAACAACUACAAAGACAACUGCUUGAACAAAAAGACACCAUUAACAAUAUAAGUGAGACCUUGCAGGAGAAGGAGGCGGAGAAUCGUUUGUUACGCAACGAAUUGGAGAGAAGCAAAAAAGUGGCAGGCGAUCUUCAAAGCAAAGUUGACGAAAUGGUGGAGAAAAUUUUGAAGAUCGAAAGAGAGAAAGAUCAACAACAGAACAGUUUGCAAAGCGAGAUUUCCAUGUACCAGCAGAAAUACAAUGAAGCCGUCAGGAAAGAGGAUGUCUUAAAUAAUGACAUUCAGAUUAUUCGGGUACAACUGACUGAAGUUCAGAGACAGGCCGAUAUAAAAACCAAGGAGUACCAGACAUUGAAAGAAAGCCUCAACAAAAUGAAAUCGCUGAAGAACGACAGCGAAGCCUUCAAAUCAUUGCUCGAUGCCACCUCAAUCAAAGCUGAAAUUCAACAGCUGAAGGCUGAAAAUGCCACCUACGCAGCACAACUGCAGCAGGAGCAGGCCGUAAAGGUAGGCUUUGAGAAAAAAUAUCAAGCAAUAAUGGAAGAAAUCCGUUCACUAAAGGAGAAAUAUGAGCAAGCUGACAAGGAAAAGGUUGAAGCGAAUUCGAGAUUAGAAGUACUGAAUAACUAUUUUAAGAAGAGGGAGUCAGAGUUGCAGGAAGAAAUUAUCAAGUACAAAUCCAUCUGGGACGCGAAGGAGGGUGAAGCCACAUCCACCACCGAACGAAUCAAGUACAUGCAAGAGGAAAUCGAAAAUUACAAGGCUCAUAACGAAACACUGAAACAAGAGAUAGUCUCACAGGAGAUAGAUUUGAAGAGCCAGAUCUCUAUGCUGGAGAAAAAAGUCCAUGAAAACUGGGUCACGGCGAGGCAAACCGAAAGGAAGUUGGAAGAUGCGAGACAGGAGGCUGCCCAACUGAGGAAUCGUCUGACUCUGAGGGAACGGGUUAUUAACGAAGAGAGAAUACAAAAUAGAUUACAAUCUCCGGUAGAACAGAACGGGGAGUUGCCGCUAUCUCCCCACACUAUAGACUCCCCUGCUUCACCGCCGCUACUCUACGGAGCAAGGGACCACAUCACAAAAUCUCCUCCCCUACCGGGCCUCCCGCCCUUCUUGCCACCACCUCCCGGUGCCCCCUUUAUGCCUCCUCCUCUGCACGGCAUGCCCCCCUUCAUGCCACCACCACCUUCUAUGUUCCCGGGGGACCACAGACCUCCUCCCCUAGGUCGAAUGUCCUCGCCACCUUUGAAUUCGAGAUAUUCACCCGAUACCUCGGCUUUCUCGCCAUACGAUAGGCACAGCCCGUCGCCUCCUUACGAUUCGGAAUAUGGAGCCUCGCCGCCUCCCAUGAGGGGCUACAAUCCUUAUAACAAUAGGGACGAUAGGAGAGACUAUAAAAGACCACCACAUGGUAGGAGUAACGGUAGGAAUGGGAAAGGUUCUGUGAUGAGUUCGGGUUCAGACCACUCAAACGACUCGUUAGAUAAAAUAAAUCGGAAGCAGUCGAAAAUGGUUUAGCAUUUUAGUUGUUGUUUCUAUUAAUUGUUCUCUGUUUGUCUGCGUUUAUUUCUACUAAUUAUUUUAAGCCAAAGGUUGAUUUUUACGCAUUUCAGAUAUAUGUAUACAAUUAACAACUUUGUCUUCUUCAUUUGAGACGGACAGAAUCUGAAUUUAGACAGGUCGAUAAUUUUGAUAAUUUAGUGGUAUUCUUUGGUAAUUUCUUUUUAAAUAAAAUGUAUAAUUAUGUAAAAAUGUAUAAAGCGCUGUUUAAAUAAAAUUAUGUAUA